AUGCACCCUGACAGCGAGCCCCACAGCCUCACUACUGAGUGCAUCGCAUGCUCCCAGUUAUGUGUUUGGGAAGAGAAAGAUUGGGUCUGCACCAGCUGCAGGAGGGUUUAUAGGCGUAUUCUAGUAGACAACGAAUCUCAUGAUCUUGGCGAUACACCUUCGACUGCUCGCGACGACACUUAUGGGUCCGAUGACGAACUUGCAGCCGGCGACCACCCUACCACCAUGGUGACUGAAGAGGGUACCCCAAGUGACUGCCGUACCUUUGAUAACAGUGGAAUCGAGUGGCUUGGAUACAGCCAAAACGAGAGUGGCGCUAUGGUCUCGCCUUCUCGUGUCGACACUGGACAAGGAAUUUGUGAAAGUGGUGUUGAAAACUGCAAUGCUAGACAGGAUGGCCAAGGCCAGGACCCGUUUACAAGCGACCCAGAUGAAGAUGUCGACCCGAUGGAUGUUGAUGGUAACGACGAAGACGUUUACCGAGGGCCUGUCGGUUCUUGGGUGGCUGAGAGGAUCAUUAUAGGCACGGGCGAACGGUCUACAGCUGCCAUUGAGCACAUAAUCCAGCUGGUUGACCUUGCCUUCCUUCGGGGAGCCCAUUUGACAACUCCUGCAGCUGAUGACAGGCUCGAACUCUCGGACGACACUGAAAUGGAUCAGUAG